AUGAUUGAGUCACUCUUCACUUGGCUCUCCCACUUUUUGAACUGGCGGUCCUGCCUAAUCAUCUUUGUCCUCAUGAAUCUCAAGAGUAUUCCGCUAUCAUGGCAUCUCAGAGCACUCUACCAUUUUCUCCGCCAUCACCCCGGCAAGCCAUAUUCAAAUGCCUCUCCAGUCACAUCCUCAGAUGUAAAACCUCAGUCGACACCAGCGGCAACUAAGCUCCUCUUUGGCACUGUAACAAUAACAACCCAAUCCCCAAUGCUCGAGGCCGAUUUCAACUGGCACAAAAGCAACAGCACAUACUUUAGCGAUCUCGACAUCUCGCGACUCGUUCUCAUGACACGCGUGUAUUUCGGCGGCUUCUCAGUCAUCAGUCGCGAACUUGCCUCCGAAGGGCACACAGGACGGAUGAGUUUCACACUUGGAAGUGUGUACUGCUCUUUUCGCCGGCCGCUGAGACCAUAUGAUUCGUAUGCAGUGAGCAGUAAGGUCUUGGCAUGGGAUCGAAAAUGGCUGUACAUUAUCAGCUGGUUUGAGCGAAAGGGAAGCAGUGGGGUUAUUGCGACUGCGGUAAGCAAGUAUGUUUGUAAGAAGGGGAGGUUUACUGUUCCACCUGAACGGCUGUUGAGGGCUUCCGGGCUUUUGCCAUCCAAGGGACAUUUUGCCCGAUCGGAUGUCAAUAAGAAGAGUGGAGAAAGAACAACGGGGGCUCGAACUACAGAAGAACCGCAAUGUGAAAAGGGAGGCGAGCGAGUGGCUUCUGUGAUUUCAAAGGACGAGGAACAAUGGGAGAGUGAAAUUGAAACUGAGCGUGUUCGUGGCCUGGAGUCUGUGAAGAGCUUUAUUGAUUUAGAUGAUAUAUCCUUCUCGGAGGUAGCGAAGAUACUUCAGUCUUGA